CGGACAGUUGAAGCGCGUGUUGUGUCAACACUUUGGGAUUACUCUUUUUACAAACAAUAGAAAAACAUCGCCAGUGCCACUCACGCGCACUUGGUUUGGGCAUCGGUAUCUUGGAAAGUCACAACAGGAGGACACAAUGGGCGCAUGAAGCAGAAGGAUCGGACAAGGAGCACGCUGACGUCCUGCGGGGACUCCAGCCUUUAUCGUUACCGCUGCCGCAAGAAAACAACAUGACAGGAAUCAAAGAGACGCGCUAUAAAGAGGGGCAAAGGAGGACGCGCGCGUGUGCGCGCGUGCGAACGAUCGGUGUCCUAGAUCUGUAACAUCUGACUUUUCCUUUAUGUUCCCGGUGAAUCCCAAGAAUCCCAGUGACGGGACGCGUGGCCAGUGAGUAAACGGAGACGCGACUUUUCAGAGUCCGGUCAAACAUGUUUUUUCAGUCUAUAACCUGCUUUUACCACAUGAAUUACUUCCUCCUGGUUCUUUUGUGUCAUGAGUGAUGGCUAUGCCUGCGGACUGUGACUGUAGGGGCGCUCACGACAAAAGCCUUAAUGGUUACGUUAAAGCACGUGCUGUCCCAUUGAGCCCAGACCCACACGAGCCGUGGCUCAGGCUGCCAUUGUCCCGAAUAUGGAGUUCUCACAAAGUGGCACUGUGCGUUGGGUCGCUCUCUGCGUGCCUCGCGCUUCUGGUCAGAUGUGCAGAGUGGAGGGCUGAGCACAGCACGCGCUCUCACUCUGUCCUUCACUUGGUGUCGAGCUGCGUGGCGGAGCUGAUCCAAACUUGCUGGAGCGCGCUCUCGCCGCUCUUCAGCCUCUUAUGUGCCUUCUUUUGGCUGGGGGUGUUCCUGUUCCGCGGAGGGGUCCUGCUCCACACUGUGCUCGCACUGCUCACCCUGUGGCACCUGGCCGAAGGGGCGGCGUGCUCUCUUUUAGACGGGACACAUGAACCACUUUUGUCGGUCCCCAGCACGGCCGUGGUCGUGCUCGCGUGCGUGACCGCAGGCGCACUGAUGGUAGUGCGUCUGAACCAGGGCAUUUCCGUGAUCUUGUUCCUCAGCGUGGCCAGGACUUUAUCCGUGUUUUCACUCCACAAAGUGCGCGCCGCGUGGAGACCAUACGUGGCGUACCUGCUGGGAGUGUUGGGCAUCCUGCUCGCGAGGUAUGCUGACAGGCUACUACCCGGGACAUUGCACGAGGAGGGCUGCACCCCUGCGAGGGCCACUCAAGAGGUGCCUGUGUUUAAAAGGCGCAGAAGGUCCAGCUCUGUGAUCUCCACAGACAUGGCCCACAGUCACAACAACAGCAAGUCCCACCGAAGGACGUCUCUGCCCUGCAUCCAGCGGGACCAGAUCCUUUCCCGCUCCGACUGGGACCACAAGAGGGGCUCCCGAGGAUCACAGUCGUCAGGGACCACAGUCAUGGUGGACAUUGCAGUGAUGGGAGAAGCUCAUGGACUCAUCACAGAUUUGUUAGCAGACCCCUCUCUGCCCCCCAACACCUGCACAUCUCUGAAAGCUGUUAGCAACCUGCUAACCACCCAACUCACCUUCCAACCGCUGCACCGGCCACGCCCUGCACCCCUACUCAACCCCAGUGACGCCUACACCUGCUCCGACUCAGAGGACGUGCCAGAGAAGGGGGAGAAGACAUCCAUACACAAGCGUCUGAGGAGGAGUCUGCACCCAGGACUCUUGAGGAGGAUCUCAUCCACGUGGACCACCACCACCUCAGCCACAGGCCUGCCCACCAUCGAGCCCGGCCCAGUCAGGAGGGACCGCAGCGCUAGCAUCAAGCCCUACCACGAAACACUCACAUGCAGCUGUGGGAGGCCAUACAUCAAACUGAGUCAUGGAGAAGGGUCUAUGGACAAAGGAGACAGGAUACCUCGCUCAGGAGAGGACCCGGUGGUUGCGUCAUCAGACUGCGAGAGCACCCAUGAGGCCAACCACAGUGACAGCAGUGAUGUAGCACCCACAGAGGAGGCCACCGAGGAGGGCAAGAGCACCUCUCAAAAUGUCAUUCUGCACCCACUUAUACCUCCGGAGGACAAACCCAUUCUGGCCCCUGAACCCUUGUUGAUGGAGGGUCUGGAGCCUCUGAUGAGCCAGCUAAAUAAUUGGAAUUUUCCUAUCUUUGAUUUGAUGGAGAGGACUAGUGGGAAAUGUGGAAGGAUCCUCAGUCAGGUCUCGUACCGACUCUUUGAAGACACGGGCCUGUUCGAGACCUUCAAGAUCCCUGUUAAAGAAUUCAUGAACUACUUCCACGCCCUUGAGAACGGUUACAGGGACAUACCAUACCACAACAGGGUGCACGCCACAGAUGUGCUUCACGCGGUCUGGUACCUCACCACUCAGCCUGUGCCUGGUCUGCCCAGCCUCCUCAAUGACCACGGAUCGGCCAGUGACUCAGACUCGGACAGUGGGAUAACACACAGUCACAUGGGCUUCCUGGUGUCUAAGACCUACACUGUGUCAGAGGACGGCUACGGCUGCCUGUCCGGCCUCAUCCCUGCUCUGGAGCUCAUGGCUCUGUAUGUGGCAGCAGCCAUGCACGAUUACGAUCACCCCGGGAGGACCAAUGCUUUUCUGGUGGCCACCAGCGCACCUCAGGCAGUCCUCUAUAAUGACCGCUCGGUGCUUGAGAACCACCACGCCGCCUCGGCCUGGAACCUGUUUCUGUCGCGACCCGAGUUCAACUUCCUGGUCAAUCUGGACCACGUGGAGUUCAAGCGCUUCCGCUUCCUGGUCAUUGAGGCCAUCCUCGCCACUGACCUGAAGAAACACUUUGACUUCCUUGCUGAGUUUAAUGCCAAGGUUGGUGAUGACCCCUCCACCGGGAUCGACUGGUCCAAUGAGAACGACCGUCUGCUGGUGUGUCAGAUGUGCAUCAAACUGGCUGACAUCAAUGGGCCUCUCAAGUGUAAAGACCUGCACCUGCAGUGGACCGAGGGCAUCGUCAACGAGUUUUAUGAACAGGGUGAUGAGGAGUCCAGCCUAGGCCUUCCCAUCAGCCCCUUCAUGGACAGAGCCAAACCACAGCUGGCCAAACUGCAGGAGUCCUUCAUUACACACAUCGUAGGGCCCCUGUGCCACUCCUUUGACUCUGCCAGCCUCAUGCCUGGGAGGUGGGUGGAACCCUGCUCUGAGGAGGAGGAGCCAGAGAACGAAGACGAGGAAGAGGAGGACACAGCAGAGGAAGACACAUCCACCAGCUCAGAGAUAUCACAGAAAGCAAUCCCUAAAAAGCGGAGGAAAGUGUUUUGUCAGAUCACACAGCACCUGCUGGAGAACCAUGAGAUGUGGAAGAAGGUGAUCGCAGAAGAGACCCCCAAACAAAGCCAGGGCACUGAGUCUGUGCACCUAAACAAUGUAGCAGAGCCUAUCCUGGCUAUUCACGAAGAGGACGAGGAACCGGGAAGCAGGGAGGAGUUGGUGGAGGGGGAGGAGCCAGAGGUGACUGUGGAUGAACCUGAUUGGUCAAGACAAGAGGAGGUAGAAGAAUGAGACAGAGAAUCAUGGGAGAUGAAGUAUUUUUCGUAAACGGACUCCUGUUGUUGCCAGCACAUCACUUAGACACAACACUGUAGAUGUUUGGGAUAAGUGUGCCUAUUUCACAAUAACAGGGUGGUACAUUUUGAUAUGACAAAUUUUAUUAUAUUCCAUUUCUGGCAACACCAAACCCUAAAGGAACUUUCCAGAUCGCAAUACACUUGUUUGGGAUAAAGACUUAUUUUGCUACUGUCAAAGGACCUCAAUCCAAUAUGGAGACACAUGCAGGACUGCAGAGAUUUGCUGCCAAUUUAUACCUAAUUAUUUUCUGAAUGCAAUUAUAUUAUGAACACGCUACACUUUUACUUGUGUUUCAAGUUCACCGGGUUUUGUGGUCUCACGCGCACCGCACUAUAGUACUUUUAUAUAUAUGGAUGAUAAGGGAGCAACUAGGGAACAUUGGUCAUUCUGUUUUAUUUAAGCCAAAAUUUGUAUUCCUUCCACUUUCAUUUCCUAUGCUUUUCCUAUAGAUGACAUGGUUGUUCAUCUUGGUUCAUUCCAUAGAACAUUUACAUUACAGAGGAUGCUUGACAGAUCAGAGGGUAGCAGUUGUGUUUUUAAUUUAUUUUCAAUCCUAAAAUAAGCAUAUUGGGAAAAUAUGCAUUAAAACUAAGCUGUAGGUAGAGCUAGCAGGUCGUGGUUCUUCAAAAGCACUAAUAUUAACUUCCUUUUCUUCUUAUUUUCGGACAUGCACCUGAAUAUUGACUUACAAAUUCUCAGGAAUCCAUUAAACUAGACCUGCAUUGUUCUAAUUAUAGCCAACGCGUUACGACAAAGACAACUAUGGUAAAUUGAACGCACUUCCCUUUGUUACUAUAGCAUUGUUGUAUAUUUAACUUGACUCAAAUCUUCAUCUGGCAGGUACACCUCAGGGAGACAUUCACAAUGAGGGAUCAGUGUAAUAUGUGCUUCUUAUUUCCAUUGGGAGUCACGCCACUAAAGGCUAUAGGGAAGUAUACUUGGGACAGUCGUUAGCUUGUUCCAUGGCUAAUCCACAAGCGUAAAUGGACAACAUGUGACAGAAACCAUAAUAACUAAAUGAGAGCAUAAUUUCACUCACAGAAACUCGUGCAGCCCAAGUAACCACCUCUCCAGCUAACACAUGUCAUUUAAACUGUGUAAGUAGCUCUCAGUUCAUAUACUGUGCAAAACCGAUUUAAUGAGCUUUUAAGCAUGUUACAGUGGAGUUGUGUUUUGCUCAUGCAUGUAAUUCUGUAUUUUCCUGCAUUUGAGUCUUGAGUGCUCAGUUGGCAUAUAUCACCUAUGGCCAGUCUUUGCCAACAUCUCUCUACUUCCUUGUGUAUCCUUGAAAAAUAUAGUCCCCAGGUCAUACAUUUAAAUUCCAAAACUGUGGGAUAUUUUCCAAAAGUAAAAACACCAUAACUUUGAAAUGCUACUAAAAAGAGAUGAACCCAUCUGCAAUUAGCAGAACAUGUGAUCAUUUUCUAUCAUUGGCUGUGGUUAUAAGCUCACCAAAAUCUCAUGAAUAUCUGAUUUGUAGACCUUUAAAAUUACUUAUAGAUAAUGCAAACUGCAGACUUGGAUAUGAGUAAUUAGAUGGACCAUGAUCAGAAAGAAGCCAGAUGGUUUACAUUUCAUCUUUUAGCUCCAAAAAUCUGUUAAUAAUGUGAUUUUGAGUGUGCAUGUAACAGCAGCCAGUGAGUCAUUUUAGACCAAUAUUGAUAUACAUAUGCAACUGGUAUUUGAAAUAGGUAUUGUGUCCACUAUACAAACUCAUUUGCAUUAGCCAUUGUACACAUUAACCCCACUGAUAUAACAUGCAACUCAGUGAAGCAGUGUGCAGUGAGUCAUCUCCAGCUAAUCUCGUACUCUGACCCGUUCGGAUGUUAUUGUACACACAUGCUGCCUUCUUCAUGCAGUACAAGUUGUAUGGCAAUUGUUACAGCUGAAUGCAUCUACACUUUAAACUUCCAUUGACCGUUCUUUCCAUUAUUAUCUAUUCAUAGUUAUAAUGGUGUAUGAUAGUCCUUGGACAUGAUGGGCAGAGACCAUGGGACCACUUAAACAUUCUUCUGAUCUCAGAGAAGCCAUGUUACAAGUAGUGUACUAAAUCCAUUUUAGUUUCAUGCAGUGCUGGAUCAAGUACUCAAUUUUGUUACUUAAGUAAAAGUACAGUGACAGAGGUAAAAAGUUACUCAAGAAAAAGUAAAAAUAUCACAUGAAACAAUCGACUUACGUCCUGUUUCACACAAGUGUUGCUGAUAUGUUAAACUGUUAAAUGUAGUGAUAUUGAUGAAGAUUUUGCUCAACAGUAGCAAUACGAAUUUCUUAAUUUUUCUUAUGGAUUUUGUGUUUUUAUUAUUUGCUCAAAGCCGAAGCUUGAACUCGAAAACUUUAGUCAACAUGUUACCACAAACAUGAUAAAAAUAACGCCCGAAAUCAUAUAAACAUACUUUUCAGUCCAGUUCAAAAUGUAGUGAAGUAGAGAGUACAGAUACCUGCUCUUAAAUAUAAUAAAGUAAAAGUAAAAAGCAUCCACUGUAAAUGUACUAAAAUAAAGUACAGACACCUAAAAAAUUCUACUGAAGUACUUUACUUUACUACUUUGUUCUUUUUUUUACCUUCCAUCAUUGGUUUUAUAUAGUCAACAAUAGUACUGUAUAACUAAGGUUUUGGGUUCUAUACUUUCUAUACGCAUAAAAAGUGUAAUAAUAAUAAUAGAGUUUGCCUGUUCCUAUGCCAGUCUUUAUAACAUCUGUCAAGCCAUGGUCUACAUCACAAGAGCUCGCCAUCUCUCCUCACCGGCUCAUCCAUCACUUAACAUUUAAAGCAAUAAUAAGAAUCGCCACAAGGAUUUCAGAAUGUCCACUUUUACAUAUAUUUCAUGAAAGUUACAGUAAAAAUAAUAAUAAGGUGUAUAAUCAAUGGGCUGGCAUUUCAUACAAUUGCUAUGUCUCCAUCAGUCCAGCUCAAGGAUGUCGUUAAUGUACAAUCCUAUUACAUUAUUUAAGAAAAUGGCGGAAAGUGGAGUAGCUACCCAGAGCACACCGAAUUAAAUAUCCCAAGAAAUUCAAUGAUACAUAAGAGUUAUAAAACAAAAAUAAAGGUGAAAUUAAACAUAUGUACAGUAAUAGUCAGAAAGAGAAGAAAAACAGGAGAGGAGAAUGUAGAAGACUGAACUAAUGGUGAAAUAAUAUGUGGAUUUUGUGCAUAAAAUAAAAUAAAUAAAUACAUUUUUCUUUUUGCUUAUAGUUAAUAUGUUGGUGUGUAUCGGAAGCUAAUGUGUGAACCGUACAAAGCACAAACCUUUCCACCAUUUUCUGUUAGUUGAUAGGACUUAAAAUACUGAUUGAAGUUGGGGAACAUAUAUUAAAGGUGCACUAUGGUCCGACAUGUUUUUGGUUAUCCUGGAAUAUUCCACAGUAUGGCAUUAAACUUAUUUAUCAUCCAUUUAUCAAUAUACUAUAUAAUAUACUAUAAGACAAGUGUUUUUUUUUUUUUUUUACUUUUUUAUUGUAGAUUAACUUGAAACUGAAAGCAUGCAAUCUAUCUGAGUGGUCCUUGCCUCUCCACAGAAUGGACCUGCUUGUCUCCAUGGAGAGAUAAGUGCCACUCUGCAAUAUUUCAGAGUAAGGAAUAAAAUCACCAUGGAGAAAAGUUACAUAGUGCACUUUUAAUCUUAAAUUGCUCCCUAAAUGUGACUCUGCUCUGUGUUUUUUGGCUUUUAGUUUGGACAAAUGGGUGAAUUAAACCUGUUUUUUCACAACUUUCAGAGGCUAGAGUGGAGUUCUACUUCACAGUAAAACUAACAACAGCUAGAACGCCUACCUCCUGAUUAUCGCAAAAUAAACACUUAUUAGAUGCAGACAACACAGCAGACAUAUUUUGACCUCAAGAGCUGCUUAUACAACAUAUCUGUAUGGGGGCAAGACAAAUUUUGCUAAAAUACUUGGGAAGAAAUUCGGUUACAGGGCCUUUAAUACAACAGGGAAAUCUUUGUUAAUGUUAAACUUGUGCAUUUCUUCUUAGUGCUUCCUCUUUCAUGUGAGAUUUUCCACUAACAGACAAAAAGACAAUGGACUAUGUACCCCGACUUUCACCCCAGCACUACAUGUUUUGAUAGUGAUAUUUUAUCUAUGGCUUGGUUUGAUUAGCCAUACAUGUGCACACCUAUAACAUAACUGUAACCAUGGGAACCAAACAAGCUUUAUGAAUAUGUAAAACAAAAAGGAGAAUAUUUUUCUAGCUAACACCUAAAUAAUGAAUUGCUGUCUUAUAUCUUUUCACUUACAUACUUUGCACUUAUACCACGUGAAAAUGCUCCAACAUGAAGUUCAAAUAUUUGUGAAACCAACAGCAUUGAUUCUUGCAGGUUCAUUUUGUACAUGCUGUACAGUAAAGAAAUGUUAAAACGUCAAAAACUCUUUGAAAUAUACAUUAUUUAUUUUUACCAUUUUGUAAUUUAGACACAAUACUGUAGCUUCAAUAUUGCCAGACUUACUGGAAGUGCCUAUUGGUAUUAUGUAUGAUAACAGUGAAUAUAUCUGCAGAUCAGUAGAAGUUGUCACAAACUUAACUAUGUGGAUGUUGUAAUGUGAAUACUUUCAAUUACAAAAGAUAACUUCUGUUGUACUGUCGUCUUCAUUCUUUUUCUACCCUGAUCAUUGACAGUUGAAGUGAACAGACUGGAGUUAUU